GGAAGUGAGUCAGUUUUUCUAAAGUGAAAGUGUUUGUGUCUCAGCCGCGACUCCAUUUUGAGGAGCGGCAGGAAAAGUAAAUAAACUUCAACACCAGGCAGAAACGGUGAUAUUAAUGUUACACAACGUGGAUUUCUGACUAAAAACGUCGUUAUAUUUUUCUGACCUCAUGCAGAAACAGCAGUAAAACUUCACUUCAGUGGAACUGAAAUCAUCGUCCCUGUAAAGCUGCUGUUUAUCAGGCACCAACUCCUCCGUGUUGUCAGCCAUGUUGUUGCAAGUUGAGGAGGAAAUAUUUUCCUCAACUUCAUCAGGAUCACAUGGAUGAAGGGACCAGGAUAUGGCUUUCUAACAGCUGUCUGUGUGCUCCUGCUACCUGAUGUCAUUGCUCCUGCCCUCUGCACCUGCAUGACGUGACGAAACUGCAUAAUAUUUAUAAACUACUCUUACUAUGAACCCUUCUGCUCCUUAAGCUUGGACCUACUCACAUAUGCAGUUCAUUACAUGAUUAACAUAGAGGAGUGUAAUUCAUUCUAGCAGAAGAGAUCACCGUCUUUAGGACUCGGCUGUGUGUCCAUAAGCUGUCUGUGUAUACGCUAAUAUUCAAAAAUGGGGCUCCUUGAUCUGGACACAGAUGAUAUGACCCCACCCUCCAAGAAGUGUAAACUCCAGAGAAAUAGAUCAGACUCACCAGCACCCAGCUGUGUCUCCAUGAAGAGUGAUGCAUCUAUGGAUCCUCCUUAUGCGAACUUUAAAAAUGGAAACCCCCCGUGUGGACACAGUAAACUCCAGAGAAAGAGAUCAGACUCACCAGCACCCAGCUGUGUCUCCAUGAAGAGUGAUGCAUCUAUGGAUCCUCCUUAUGCGAACUUUACAAGUGGGGUUUCCAUUUUUAGACACAGUAAACUCCAGAGAAAGAGAUCAGACUCACCAGCACCCAGCUGUGUCUCCAUGAAGAGUGAUGCAUCUAUGGAUCCUCCUUAUGCGAACUUUACAAGUGGGGUUUCCAUUUUUAGACACAGUAAACUCCAGAGAAAGAGAUCAGACUCACCAGCACCCAGCUGUGUCUCCAUGAAGAGUGAUGCAUCUAUGGAUCCUCCUUAUGCAAACCUUAAAAAUGGAAACCCCCCGUGUGUACACAGAGUUCUACAGAAGGCAGCAGAUGGAAUAGAAAAGAACGUCAUCACAGAUACAGGACACGACCCAGAAUCUGCUGCUGUAAAUGAAUCCCAGAAAAAGUUCAAAUUAAAUCUGAUGGAGAAAUUUCAGUGUUUAAAUGGAGUGAUAAUAAACCAGGAUACCCGAACACUCCUGAAUGAGAUCUACACAGAGCUCUACAUCACAGAGGGAGACAGUGGAGACGUCAGUAAAGAACAUGAGGUGAGACAGAUCGAGGCAGCAUCCAGGAGAACAACAGCAGAGGAAACACCAAUCAAAUGCAAUGACAUCUUUAAGCCCUUAUCUGAACAAGACGAACCCAUCAGAACUGUGCUGACGAAGGGAGUCGCUGGCAUCGGAAAAACAGUCUCUGUGCAGAAGUUCAUUCUGGACUGGGCUGAAGGGAAAGCUAAUCAGGACCUCCACCUCAUAUUUCCACUUCCUUUCAGAGAGCUGAAUUUGAUGAAGGACCAAAAACUGAGUCUGAUGGAUCUCCUUCAUGUCUGUUUUAAAGAAACAAACGAAACAGAAAUGUCCAGUGUGAAAAAGGUUCUGUUCAUUUUUGAUGGAUUGGACGAGUGUCGUUUUCCUCUGGAUUUCCAGAACACAGUGAGAGUGUGUGAUGUAAAUGAAUCAGCAUCAGUCCAUGUGCUGCUGAUAAACCUGAUCAAAGGGAAUCUGCUUCCCUCUGCUCUCAUCUGGAUCACUUCCCGACCAGCAGCAGCUGAUCAAAUCCCCUCUGAGUAUGUCCAUCGAGUCACAGAGGUACGAGGGUUCAAUGACCCACAGAAGGAGGAGUACUUCAGGAAGAGAAUCAGUGAUCAGAGCCUGGCCAAUAACAUCAUCACACACCUGAAGUCAUUAAGAAGCCUCUACAUCAUGUGCCAUAUCCCAGUCUUCUGCUGGAUUUCAGCCACUGUUCUAGAGAGAGUGUUGAGUGAAGCAGAGAGUGGAGAGAUCCCCAAGACUCUGACUCAAAUGUACACACACUUCCUCAUCAUUCAGACAAACAUCAUAAGAGAAAAGUACUCAAAGAAGCAGGAGAGUGAUGAAGAAAUGCUUCUCAAACUGGGACAACUGGCUUUUCAGCAGCUGCAGAAAGGCAACCUGAUCUUCUAUGAGGAAGACCUGAGAGAGUGUGGCAUUGAUGUGACAGAAGCAGCAGUGUACUCAGGUGUGUGUACGCAGAUCUUCAGAGAGGAGUUUGGGCUUCACCAGAGUAAAGUGUAUAGCUUUGUUCAUCUGAGCAUUCAGGAGCAUCUCGCAGCUCUGUAUGUGCACCUGACAUUCAUGAAGGAAAAGAGAAAUGCUCUUGUACAGAGUCGGGUCUUUAAGACAAUUUCUGAUGUCCACGAGAGUGCUGUAGAUCAGGCCUUAGAAUGUGCAUCUGGACAUCUGGAUCUUUUCCUCCGCUUUCUCCUGGGUCUCUCACUGGAGUCCAAUCAGAAACUCUUACAUGCCUUAGUAACACAGACAGGAAGUAGCUCCCAGACAGAAAAUAGGAAAACAGUACAGUACAUCAAGAAGAAGAUCAGUAGAGAUGUUUCUACAGAGAAAUCCAUCAAUCUGUUCCACUGUCUGAAUGAACUGGGUGACAGUUCUCUAGUGGAGGAAAUCCAACGCUACCUGAAAUCUGGAAAACAAAGAAAACUCUCUUCUUCACAGUGGUCUGCUCUGGUGUUUGUCUUACUGACUUCAGCACAGGAGCUGGAGGAAUUUGACCUGAGUAAAUAUAUCACUACAGAUAAAAUAAGAGAAGAGAUUGUUGUGAAGGUGAUGCCUGUGAUUGCAGCAUCAAGGAAAGCAAUUAUCAGGUGUGAUACAAUUCAAGAAAGAAGUUGGUCAGCUCUGGCCUCAGUGCUCAACUCAGAUACCUCCAAUCUGAAAGAACUGCAUCUGACUGUGAAUACACUGGAUCUGUCUGAGAAUAAACUAGGAGACUCAGGAGUGAAGAAUCUCUCUGCUCUGUUGGAGAAUCCUCACUGUAAAGUGAAACAUCUGAGGUUGCGUGGUUGUGGUGUCUCAGAUGAAGGCUGUGCUGCUCUGACUUCAGCUCUGAAAUCAAACCCCUCACACCUGAGAGACCUGGAUCUGUCUGAGAAUAAUCUAGGAGACUCAGGAGUGAAGUGUGUCUCUGCUGUACUGGAGAAUCCUCACUGUAAACUGGAGAUACUGAGCUUGCGUGGUUGUGGUGUUUCAGAUGAAGGCUGUGCUGCUCUGGCUUCAGCUCUGAGAUCAAACCCCUCACACCUGAGAGAACUGGAGCUGUCUCAGAAUAAUCUAGGAGACUCAGGAGUGAAGCGUCUCUAUGCUCUACUGGAGAAUCCUCACUGUAAACUGGAGAUACUGAGGUUGCAUAGUUGUGGUGUCUCAGAUGAAGGCUGUGCUGCUCUGGCUUCAGCUCUGAAAUCAAACCCCUCACACCUGAGAGAACUGUAUCUGUGUCAGAAUAAACUAGGAGAAUCAUGUGGGAAGUGUCUCUCUGCUCUACUGGAGAAUCCUGAUUGUAAACUGGAGAAACUGAGGUUGCGUGGUUGUGAUGUCUCAGAUGGAGGCUGUGCAUCUCUGGCUUCAGCUCUGAGAUCAAACCCCUCACACCUGAGACAUCUGGAGCUGGGUGAAAAUAAUCUAGGAGACUCAGGAGUGAAGUGUCUCUCUGCUGUACUGGAGAAUCCUGACUGUAAACUGGAGAUACUGUGGUUGCGUAGGUGUGGUGUCUCAGAUGAAGGCUGUGCUGCUCUGGCUUCAGCUCUGAGAUCAAACCCCUCACACCUGAGAGACCUGGAGCUGUCUGAGAAUAAACUAGGAGCCUCAGGAGUGAAGUGUCUCUCUGCUGUACUGGAGAAUCCUCACUGUAAACUGGAGAUACUGAGGUUGAAUGUUUGUGGUGUCUCAGAUGAAGGCUGUGCUGCUCUGGCUUCAGCUCUGAGAUCAAACCCCUCACACCUGAGAGAACUGUAUCUGUCUCAGAAUAAAAUAGGAUACACAGGAGUGAAGUGUCUCUCUGAUCUGAAGAAUGAUGAACAUUACAAACUACAGACACUGGGAGUUCUACAGAAGUCAGGAGACAGAAGGGAAAAGAACAUCAUCACAGAUACAGGUAAACAACAGAGAAAGAGAUCAGACUCACCAGAACCCAGCUGUGUCUCCAUGAAGAGUGAUAAGUCUGUGGAGCCUCCUUCGAACUUUCGAAAUGGAAACUCCUCAUCUGUACCCAGAGUUCUACAGAAGUCAGGAGACAGAAGGGAAAAGAACAUCAUCACAGAUACAGGUAAACAACAGAGAAAGAGAUCAGACUCACCAGAACCCAGCUGUGUCUCCAUGAAGAGUGAUAAGUCUGUGGAGCCUCCUUCGAACUUUCGAAAUGGAAACUCCUCAUCUGUACCCAGAGUUCUACAGAAGUCAGGAGACAGAAGGGAAAAGAACAUCAUCACAGAUACAGGUAAACAACAGAGAAAGAGAUCAGACUCACCAGAACCCAGCUGUGUCUCCAUGAAGAGUGAUAAGUCUGUGGAGCCUCCUUCGAACUUUCGAAAUGGAAACUCCUCAUCUGUACCCAGAGUUCUACAGAAGUCAGGAGACAGAAGGGAAAAGAACAUCAUCACAGAUACAGGACACGACCCAGAAUCUGCUGCUGUAAAUGAAUUCCAGAAAAAGUUCAAAUUAAAUCUGAUGAAGAAAUUUCAGUGUUUAAAUGGAGUGAUAAUAAACCAGGAUACCCGAACACUCCUGAAUGAGAUCUACACAGAGCUCUACAUCACAGAGGGAGACAGUGGAGACGUCAAUAAAGAACAUGAGGUGAGACAGAUCGAGGCAGCAUCCAGGAGAACAACAACAGAGGAAACACCAAUCAAAUGCAGUGACAUCUUUAAGCCCUUAUCUGAACAAGACGAACCCAUCAGAACUGUGCUGAAAAAGACCUCGUCUGAAAAAGACAAACCCAUCACAACUGUGCUGACGAAGGGAGUCGCUGGCAUCGGAAAAACAGUCUCCGUGCAGAAGUUCAUUCUGGACUGGGCUGAAGGGAAAGCAAAUCAGGACUUCCACCUCAUAUUUCCACUUCCUUUCAGAGAGCUGAAUUUGAUGAAGGACCAAAAACUGAGUCUGAUGGAUCUCCUUCAUGUCUGUUUUAAAGAAACAAAAGAAACAGAAAUGUUCAGUUUGAAAAAGUGUCUGUUCAUUUUUGAUGGAUUGGAUGAGUGUCGUUUUCCUCUGGAUUUCCAGACCACAGUGAGAGUGUGUGAUGUAAAUGAAUCAGCAUCAGUCCAUGUGCUGCUGAUAAACCUGAUCAAAGGGAAUCUGCUUCCCUCUGCUCUCAUCUGGAUCACUUCCCGACCAGCAGCAGCUGAACAAAUCCCCUCUGAGUAUGUCCAUCGAGUCACAGAGGUACGAGGGUUCAAUGACCCACAGAAGGAGGAGUACUUCAGGAAGAGAAUCAGUGAUCGGAGCCUGGCCAAUAACAUCAUCACACACCUGAAGUCAUUAAGAAGCCUCUACAUCAUGUGCCACAUCCCAGUCUUCUGCUGGAUUUCAUCUACUGUUCUAGAGAGAGUGUUGAGUGAAGCAGAGAGUGGAGAGAUCCCCAAGACUCUGACUCAAAUGUACACACACUUCCUCAUCAUUCAGACAAACAUCAUAAGAGAAAAGUACUCAAAGAAGCAGGAGAGUGAUGAAGAAAUGCUUCUCAAACUGGGACAACUGGCUUUUCAGCAGCUGCAGAAAGGCAACCUGAUCUUCUAUGAGGAAGACCUGAGACAGUGUGGCAUUGAUGUGACAGAAGCAGCAGUGUACUCAGGUGUGUGUACGCAGAUCUUCAGAGAGGAGUUUGGGCUUCACCAGAGUAAAGUGUAUUGCUUUGUUCAUCUGAGCCUCCAGGAGCAUCUUGCAGCUCUGUAUGUGCACCUGACAUUCAUGAAGGAAAAGAGAAAUGUACUGGAGAUGUUAUCUUACCCGGAGAUGUCAUCUCACCCCGAGAUGUUCUCUGACCCCGAGAUGUUCUCUGAGCAAUGGAUUGAACACAAUACAAUCUCAGAUGUUCACAUAAGUGCUGUAGAUCAGGCCUUAGAAUCUACGUCUGGACAUCUGGAUCUUUUCCUCCGCUUUCUUCUGGGUCUCUCGCUGGAGUCCAAUCAGAAACUCUUACAUGCCUUAGUAACCCAGACAGGAAGUAGCUCCCAGACAGAAAAUAGUGAAACAGUACAGUACAUCAAGAGGAAGAUCAGUAGAGAUGUUUCUACAGAGAAAUCCAUCAAUCUGUUCCACUGUCUGAAUGAACUGGGUGACAAUUCUCUAGUGGAGGAAAUCCAACGCUACCUGAAAUCUGGAAAACAAAGAAAACUCUCUUCUUCACAGUGGUCUGCUCUGGUGUUUGUCUUACUGAGUUCAGCACAGGAGCUGGAGGAAUUUGACCUGAGUAAAUAUACCAGUACAGAUAAAAUAAGAGAAGAGAUUGUUGUGAAGGUGAUGCCUGUGAUUGCAGCAUCAAGGAAAGCAAUUAUCAGGUGUGAUACAAUUCAAGAAAGAAGUUGGUCAGCUCUGGCCUCAGUGCUCAACUCAGAUACCUCCAAUCUGAGAGAACUGCAUCUGACUGUGAAUACACUGGAUCUGUCUGAGAAUAAACUAGGAGACUCAGGAGUGAAGAAUCUCUCUGCUCUGUUGGAGAAUCCUCACUGUAAAGUGAAACAUCUGAGGUUGCGUGGUUGUGGUGUCUCAGAUGAAGGCUGUGCUGCUCUGACUUCAGCUCUGAGAUCAAACCCCUCACACCUGAGAGACCUGGAGCUGUCUGAGAAUAAUCUAGGAGACUCAGGAGUGAAGUGUGUCUCUGCUGUACUGGAGAAUCCUCACUGUAAACUGGAGAUACUGUGCUUGCGUAGUUGUGGUGUCUCAGAUGAAGGCUGUGCUGCUCUGACUUCAGCUCUGAGAUCAAACCCCUCACACCUGAGAGAACUGGAGCUGUCUCAGAAUAAUCUAGGAGACUCAGGAGUGAAGUGUCUCUCUGCUGUACUGGAGAAUCCUCACUGUAAACUGGAGAUACUGAGGUUGCAUAGUUGUGGUGUCUCAGAUGAAGGCUGUGCUGCUCUGACUUCAGCUCUGAGAUCAAACCCCUCACACCUGAGAGAACUGAAUCUGUGUCAGAAUAAACUAGGAGAAUCAUGUGGGACGUGUCUCUCUGCUCUACUGGAGAAUCCUCACUGUAAACUGGUGAAACUGAGCUUGCGUGGUUGUGGUGUCUCAGAUGAAGGCUGUGCUGCUCUGGCUUCAGCUCUGAGAUCAAACCCCUCACACCUGAGACAUCUGGAGCUGUCUCAGAAUAAUCUAGGAGACUCAGGAGUGAAGUGUCUCUCUGCUGUACUGGAGAAUCCUCACUGUAAACUGGAGAUACUGUGGUUGCGUAGGUGUGAUGUCUCAGAUGAAGGCUGUGCUGCUCUGGCUUCAGCACUGAGAUCAAACCCCUCAAACCUGAGAGACCUGGAGCUGUCUGAGAAUAAUCUAGGAGACUCAGGAGUGAAGUGUGUCUCUGCUCUACUGGAGAAUCCUCACUGUAAACUGGAGAUACUGAGGUUGCGUUAUUGUGGUGUCUCAGAUGAAGGCUGUGCUGCUCUGACUUCAGCUCUGAGAUCAAACCCCUCACACCUGAGAGACCUGUACCUGUAUGGGAAUAAUCUAGGAGACUCAGGAAUGAAGUGUCUCUCUGCUCUGAAGAAUGAUAAACAUUACAAACUACAGACACUGAUAGUUCUACAGAAGUCAGGAGACAGAAGAGAAAAGAUCAUCAUCACAGCUACAGGACACGACCCAGAAUCUGCUGCUGUAAAUGAAUUCCAGAAAAAGUUGAAAUUAAAUCUGAUGAAGAAAUUUCAGCGUUUAAAUGGAGUGAUAAUAAACCAGGAAAACCGAACACUCCUGAAUGAGAUCUACACAGAGCUCUACAUCACAGAGGGAGAAAGUGGAGACAUCAAUAAAGAACAUGAAGUGAGACAGAUCGAGGCAGCAUCCAGGAGAACAACAACAGAGGAAACACCAAUCAAAUGCAAUGACAUCUUUAAGCCCUUACCUGAACAAGACAAACCCAUCAGAACUGUGCUGACGAAGGGAGUCGCUGGCAUCGGAAAAACAGUCUCCGUGCAGAAGUUCAUUCUGGACUGGGCUGAAGGGAAAGCUAAUCAGGACCUCCACCUCAUAUUUCCACUUCCUUUCAGAGAGCUGAAUUUGAUGAAGGAAAAACUGAGUCUGAUGGAUCUCCUUCAUGUCUGUUUUAAAGAAACAAAAGAAACAGAAAUGUUCAGUGUGAAAAAGGUUCUGUUGAUUUUUGAUGGAUUGGACGAGUGUCGUUUUCCUCUGGAUUUCCAGACCACAGUGAGAGUGUGUGAUGUAAAUGAAUCAGCAUCAGUGCAUGUGCUGGUGAUAAACCUGAUCAAAGGGAAUCUGCUUCCCUCUGCUCUCAUCUGGAUCACUUCCCGACCAGCAGCAGCUGAUCAAAUCCCCUCUGAGUAUGUCCAUCGAGUCACAGAGAUACGAGGGUUCAAUGACCCACAGAAGGAGGAGUACUUCAGGAAGAGAAUCAGUGAUCAGAGCCUGGCCAAUAACAUCAUCACACACCUGAAGUCAUUAAGAAGCCUCUACAUCAUGUGCCAUAUCCCAGUCUUCUGCUGGAUUUCAUCUACUGUUCUAGAGAGAGUGUUGAAUGAAGCAGAGAGUGGAGAGAUCCCCAAGACUCUGACUCAAAUGUACACACACUUCCUCAUCAUUCAGACAAACAUCAUAAGAGAAAAGUACUCAAAGAAGCAGGAGAGUGAUGAAGAAAUGCUUCUCAAACUGGGACAACUGGCUUUUCAGCAGCUGCAGAAAGGCAACCUGAUCUUCUAUGAGGAAGACCUGAGAGAGUGUGGCAUUGAUGUGACAGAAGCAGCAGUGUACUCAGGUGUGUGUACGCAGAUCUUCAGAGAGGAGUUUGGGCUUCACCAGAGUAAAGUGUAUUGCUUUGUUCAUCUGAGCAUUCAGGAGCAUCUUGCAGCUCUGUAUGUGCACCUGACAUUCAUGAAGGAAAAGAGAUAUGUACUGGAGAUGUCAUCUCACCCUGAGAUGUUCUCUGACCCCGAGAUGUUCUCUGAGCAAUGGAUUGAACACAAUACAAUCUCAGAUGUUCACAUAAGUGCUGUAGAUCAGGCCUUAGAAACUGAGACUGGACAUCUGGAUCUUUUCCUCCGCUUUCUUCUGGGUCUCUCGCUGGAGUCCAAUCAGAAACUCUUACAUGCCUUAGUAACACAGACAGGAAGUAGCUCCCAGACAGAAAAUAGAGAAACAGUACAGUACAUCAAGGAGAUGGUCAGUGAAGAUCUUCCUACAGAGAAAUCCAUCAAUCUGUUCUACUGUCUGAAUGAACUGGGUGACAGUUCUCUAGUGGAGGAAAUCCAACGCUACCUGAAAUCUGGAAAACAAAGUGAACUCUCUUCUUCACAGUGGUCUGCUCUGGUGUUUGUCUUACUGACUUCAGCACAGGAGCUGGAAGAAUUUGACCUGAGUAAAUAUACCAGUACAGAUAAAAUAAGAGAUGAGAUUGUUGUGAAGGUGAUGCCUGUGAUUGCAGCAUCAAGGAAAGCAAUUAUCAGGUGUGAUACAAUUCAAGAAAGAAGUUGGUCAGCUUUGGCCUCAGUGCUCAACUCAGAUACCUCCAAUCUGAGAGAACUGCAUCUGACUGUGGCUACACUGGAUCUGUCUGAGAAUAAACUAGGAGACUCAGGAGUGAAGAAUCUCUCUGCUCUGUUGGAGAAUCCUCACUGUAAAGUGAAACAUCUGAGGUUGCGUGGUUGUGGUGUCUCAGAUGAAGGCUGUGCUGCUCUGACUUCAGCUCUGAGAUCAAACCCCUCACACCUGAGAGUACUGGAUCUGUCUUGGAAUAAUCUAGGAAACUCAGGAGUGAAGUGUCUCUCUGCUCUACUGGAGAAUCCUCACUGUAAACUGGAGAUACUGAGGUUGAUUGGUUGUGAUGUCUCCAAUGAAGGCUGUGCUGCUCUGACUUCAGCUCUGAAAUCAAACCCCUCACACCUGAGAGACCUGGAUCUGUCAGAGAAUAAUCUAGGAGACUCAGGAGUGAAGAGUCUCUCUGCUGUACUGGAGAAUCCUCACUGUAAACUGGAGAUACUCUGGUUGCGUGGUUGUGGUGUCUCAGAUGAAGGCUGUGCUGCUCUGACUUCAGCUCUGAAAUCAAACCCCUCACACCUGAGAGAACUGAAUCUGUGUCAGAAUAAACUAGGAGAAUCAUGUGGGAAGUGUCUCUAUGCUCUACUGGAGAAUCCUGACUGUAAACUGGAGAUACUGAGGUUCUGUAGUUGUGAUGUCUCAGAUGAACACUGUGCUGCUCUGACUUCAGCUCUAAAAUCCAACCCCUCAAACCUGAGAGAACUGGAUCUGUCAGGGAGGAAUCUAGGAGACUCAGGAGUGAAGUGUGUCUCUGCUGUACUGGAGAAUCCUCACUGUAAACUGGAGAUACUGAGGUUGGUUCGUUGUGGUGUCUCAGAUGAAGGCUGUGCUGCUCUGACUUCAGCUCUGAGAUCAAACCCCUCACACCUGAGAGACCUGGAUCUGUCUGAGAAUAAUCUAGGAGACUCAGGAGUGAAGUGUCUCUCUUCUCUACUGGAGAAUCAUCACUGUAAACUGGAGAUACUGUGGUUGCGUAGGUGUGGUGUCUCAGAUGAAGGCUGUGCUGCUCUGGCUUCAGCUCUGAAAUCCAACCCCUCACACCUGAGAGAACUGAAUCUGUGUCAGAAUAAACUAGGAGAAUCAUGUGGGACGUGUCUCUAUGCUCUACUGGAGAAUCCUCACUGUAAACUGGAGAUACUGAGGUUCUGUAGUUGUGGUGUCUCAGAUGAACACUGUGCUGCUCUGACUUCAGCUCUAAAAUCCAACCCCUCAAACCUGAGAGAACUGAAUCUGUCUGGGAGGAAUCUAGGAGACUCAGGAGUGAAGUGUGUCUCUGCUGUACUGGAGAAUCCUCACUGUAAACUGGAGAUACUGAGGUUGAUUGGUUGUGGUGUCUCAGAUGAAGGCUGUGCUGCUCUGACUUCAGCUCUGAGAUCAAACCCCUCACACCUGAGAGACCUGGAUCUGUCUGAGAAUAAUCUAGGAGACUCAGGAGUGAAGUGUCUCUCUUCUCUACUGGAGAAUCAUCAAUGUAAACUGGAGAUACUGUGGUUGCGUAGGUGUGGUGUCUCAGAUGAAGGCUGUGCUGCUCUGGCUUCAGCUCUGAAAUCCAACCCCUCACACCUGAGAGAACUGAAUCUGUGUCAGAAUAAACUAGGAGAAUCAUGUGGGACGUGUCUCUAUGCUCUACUAGAGAAUCCUCACUGUAAACUGGAGAUACUGAGGUUCUGUAGUUGUGGUGUCUCAGAUGAACACUGUGCUGCUCUGACUUCAGCUCUAAAAUCCAACCCCUCAAACCUGAGAGAACUGAAUCUGUCUGGGAGGAAUCUAGGAGACUCAGGAGUGAAGUGUGUCUCUGCUCUACUGGAGAAUCCUCACUGUAAACUGGAGAUACUGAGGUUGCAUGGUUGUGGUGUCUCAGAUGAAGGCUGUGCUGCUCUGGCUUCAGCUCUGAGAUCAAACCCCUCACACCUGAGAGAACUGGAGCUGUCUCAGAAUAAACUAGGAGCCUCAGGAGUGAAGUGUGUCUCUGCUGUACUGGAGAAUCCUCACUGUAAACUGGAGAUACUGAGGUUCUGUGGUUGUGGUGUCUCAGAUGAAGGCUGUGCUGCUCUGGCUUCAGCUCUGAGAUCAAACCCCUCACACCUGAGAGAACUGGAUCUGUCAGAGAAUAAUCUAGGAGACUCAGGAGUGAAGUGUGUCUCUGCUCUACUGGAGAAUCCUCACUGUAAACUGGAGAUUCUGUGGUUGCGUAGGUGUGGUGUUUCAGAUGAAGGCUGUGCUGCUCUGGCUUCAGCUUUGAAAUCAAACCCCUCACACCUGAGAGAACUGAAUCUGUGUCAGAAUAAACUAGGAGAAUCAUGUGGGAAGUGUCUCUAUGCUCUACUGGAGAAUCCUCACUGUAAACUGGAGAUACUGAGGUUCUGUAGUUGUGAUGUCUCAGAUGAAGGCUGUGCUGCUCUGACUUCAGCUCUGAGAUCAAACCCCUUACACCUGAGAGAACUGGAUCUGUCUUGGAGGAAUCUAGGAGACUCAGGAGUGAAGUGUCUCUCUGCUGUACUGGAGAAUCCUCACUGUAAACUGGAGAUACUGAGGUUGAUUGGUUGUGGUGUCUCAGAUGAAGGCUGUGCUGCUCUGACUUCAGCUCUAAAAUCCAACCCCUCAAACCUGAGAGAACUGAAUCUGUCUGGGAAUAAACUAGGAGACUCAGGAGUGAAGUGUCUCUCUGGUGUACUGGAGAAUCCUGACUGUAAACUGGAGAAACUGAGGUUGGUUAGUUGUGGUGUCUCAGAUAAAGGCUGUGCUGCUCUGACUUCAGCUCUGAGAUCAAACCCCUCACACCUGAGAGACCUGUACCUGUAUGGGAAUAAUCUAGGAGACUCAGGAAUGAAGUGUCUCUCUGCUCUGAAGAAUGAUAAACAUUACAAACUACAGACACUGAUAGUUCUACAGAAGUCAGGAGACAGAAGGGAAAAGAACAUCAUCACAGAUACAGGUAAACAACAGAGAAGGAGAUCAGACUCACCAGAACCCAGCUGUGUCUCCAUGAAGAGUGAUGAGUCUGUGGAGCCUCCUCUGAACUUUCGAAAUGGAAACUCCUCAUCUGUACCCAGAGUUCUACAGAAGUCAGGAGACAGAAGGGAAAAGAACAUCAUCACAGAUACAGGUAAACAACAGAGAAGGAGAUCAGACUCACCAGAACCCAGCUGUGUCUCCAUGAAGAGUGAUGCGUCUAUGGAGUUUCCUCUGAACUUUCGAAAUGGAAACUCCUCAUCUGUACCCAGAGUUCUACAGAAGUCAGGAGACAGAAGGGAAAAGAACAUCAUCACAGAUACAGGACACGACCCAGAAUCUGCUGCUGUAAAUGAAUUCCAGAAAAAGUUCAAAUUAAAUCUGAUGAAGAAGUUUCAGUGUUUAAAUGGAGUGAUAAUAAACCAGGAAAACCGAACACUCCUGAAUGAGAUCUACACAGAGCUCUACAUCACAGAGGGAGACAGUGGAGACGUCAGUAAAGAACAUGAAGUGAGACAGAUCGAGGCAGCAUCCAGGAGAACAACAACAGAGGAAACACCAAUCAAAUGCAAUGACAUCUUUAAGCCCUUAUCUGAACAAGACGAACCCAUCAGAACUGUGCUGACGAAGGGAGUCGCUGGCAUCGGAAAAACAGUCUCCGUGCAGAAGUUCAUUCUGGACUGGGCUGAAGGGAAAGCUAAUCAGGACCUCCACCUCAUAUUUCCACUUCCUUUCAGAGAGCUGAAUUUGAUGAAGGACCAAAAACUGAGUCUGAUGGAUCUCCUUCAUGUCUGUUUUAAAGAAACAAAUGAAACAGAAAUGUUCAGUGUGAAAAAAGUUCUGUUCAUUUUUGAUGGAUUGGAUGAGUCUCGUUUUCCUCUGGAUUUCCAGAACACAGUGAGAGUGUGUGAUGUAAAUGAAUCAGCAUCAGUCCAUGUGCUGCUGAUAAACCUGAUCAAAGGGAAUCUGCUUCCCUCUGCUCUCAUCUGGAUCACUUCCCGACCAGCAGCAGCUGAUCAAAUCCCCUCUGAGUAUGUCCAUCGAGUCACAGAGAUACGAGGGUUCAAUGACCCACAGAAGGAGGAGUACUUCAGGAAGAGAAUCAGUGAUCAGAGCCUGGCCAAUAACAUCAUCACACACCUGAAGUCAUUAAGAAGCCUCUACAUCAUGUGCCAUAUCCCAGUCUUCUGCUGGAUUUCAGCCACUGUUCUAGAGAGAGUGUUGAGUGAAGCAGAGAGUGGAGAGAUCCCCAAGACUCUGACUCAAAUGUACACACACUUCCUCAUCAUUCAGACAAACAUCAUAAGAGAAAAGUACUCAAAGAAGCAGGAGAGUGAUGAAGAAAUGCUUCUCAAACUGGGACACCUGGCUUUUCAGCAGCUGCAGAAAGGCAACCUGAUCUUCUAUGAGGAAGACCUGAGACAGUGUGGCAUUGAUGUGACAGAAGCAGCAGUGUACUCAGGUGUGUGUACGCAGAUCUUCAGAGAGGAGUUUGGGCUUCACCAGAGUAAAGUGUAUUGCUUCGUUCAUCUGAGCAUUCAGGAGCAUCUCGCAGCUCUGUAUGUGCACCUGACAUUCAUGAAGGAAAAGAGAAAUGUACUGGAGAUGUUAUCUCACCCGGAGAUGUCAUCUCACCCCGAGAUGUUCUCUGACCCCGAGAUGUUCUCUGAGCAAUGGCUUGAACACAAUACAAUCUCAGAUGUUCACAUAAGUGCUGUAGAUCAGGCCUUAGAAUCUACGUCUGGACAUCUGGAUCUUUUCCUCCGCUUUCUCCUGGGUCUCUCACUGGAGUCCAAUCAGAAACUCUUACAUGCCUUAGUAACCCAGACAGGAAGUAGCUCCCAGACAGAAAAUAGGAAAACAGUACAGUACAUCAAGAAGAAGAUCAGUAGAGAUGUUUCUACAGAGAAAUCCAUCAAUCUGUUCCACUGUCUGAAUGAACUGGGUGACAAUUCUCUAGUGGAGGAAACCCAACGCUACCUGAAAUCUGGAAAACAAAGAAAACUCUCUUCUUCACAGUGGUCUGCUCUGGUGUUUGUGUUACUGAGUUCAGCACACGAGCUGGAAGAAUUUGACCUGAGUAAAUAUACCAGUACAGAUAAAAUAAGAGAAGAGAUUGUUGUGAAGGUGAUGCCUGUGAUUGCAGCAUCAAGGAAAGCAAUUAUCAGGUGUGAUACAAUUCAAGAAAGAAGUUGGUCAGCUCUGGCCUCAGUGCUCAACUCAGAUACCUCCAAUCUGAGAGAACUGCAUCUGACUGUGGAUACACUGGAUCUGUCUGAGAAUAAACUAGGAGACUCAGGAGUGAAGAAUCUCUCUGCUCUGUUGGAGCAUCCUCACUGUAAAGUGAAACAGCUGAGGUUGCGUGGUUGUGGUGUCUCAGAUGAAGGCUGUGCUGCUCUGGCUUCAGCUCUGAGAUCAAACCCCUCACACCUGAGAGACCUGGAGCUGUCUGAGAAUAAUCUAGGAGACUCAGGAGUGAAGUGUGUCUCUGCUGUACUGGAGAAUCCUCACUGUAAACUGGAGAUACUGUGCUUGCGUAGUUGUGGUGUCUCAGAUGAAGGCUGUGCUGCUCUGGCUUCAGCUCUGAGAUCAAACCCCUCACACCUGAGAGAACUGGAGCUGUCUCAGAAUAAUCUAGGAGACUCAGGAGUGAAGUGUCUCUCUGCUGUACUGGAGAAUCCUGACUGUAAACUGGAGAUACUGAGGUUGCAUAGUUGUGGUGUCUCAGAUGAAGGCUGUGCUGCUCUGGCUUCAGCUCUGAAAUCAAACCCCUCACACCUGAGAGAACUGUAUCUGUGUCAGAAUAAACUAGGAGAAUCAUGUGGGAAGUGUCUCUCUGCUCUACUGGAGAAUCCUCACUGUAAACUGGUGAAACUGAGCUUGCGUGGUUGUGGUGUCUCAGAUGAAGGCUGUGCUGCUCUGGCUUCAGCUCUGAGAUCAAACCCCUCACACCUGAGACAUCUGGAGCUGGGUGAAAAUAAUCUAGGAGACUCAGGAGUGAAGUGUCUCUCUGCUGUACUGGAGAAUCCUGACUGUAAACUGGAGAUACUGUGGUUGCGUGGUUGUGGUGUCUCAGAUGAAGGCUGUGCUGCUCUGGCUUCAGCUCUGAGAUCAAACCCCUCACACCUGAGAGACCUGGAGCUGUCUGAGAAUAAACUAGGAGCCUCAGGAGUGAAGUGUCUCUCUGCUGUACUGGAGAAUCCUCACUGUAAACUGGAGAUACUGAGGUUGCGUAGUUGUGGUGUCUCAGAUGAAGGCUGUGCUGCUCUGGCUUCAGCUCUGAGAUCAAACCCCUCACACCUGAGAGACCUGGAGCUGUCUGGGAAUAGAAUAGGAUACACAGGAGUGAAGUGUCUCUCUACUCUGAAGAAUGAUGAACAUUACAAACUACAGACACUGGGAUUUUGAUUAGACUACACACAAUUCUACAAUAAUUUCCUCAAUCCCAGAGAAAACCUGAGGGAAUAAUUUGGAACAGCAGGUGAAAAACCACACGAAUUGGAACUGAACCCAGUCAGUGGAAGAUGGAGCUGAAAUGGACAGGAGCAGUUUCAAGACAUUGGUGGGAUUCUCACAGGACUUGGCAUCUGAGGAGUUUAUGUGAGGAAGCUCCUAGGAGACUCGCUACAAGUCACGUUUAUCACUUUGUCCUUUGGUUUAAUAUAAUUGAGAUCUUUUGUUACAGGAUCAGACCUAUGUUCUUUAUUUUCUCUGAUAGCUGAUCCCUGUUUUUUUGAUGGUAUCAAAUACGGUACAUUUUGAAGAAAUGAAUAUAUAAAUACAAUAUAAUUUACAUCAUACAGUAUUAUUAUUUUUGCUGUAUAAAAUUAGUUUAUGUAUUUACCAUGAAUUUUGUAGCAAUAAAACUCAUUUCUCAACAGUUAUUCAAAAUAAAUGUGUCUAACAACAAAAUAUAUAUUAUCUGUUACACACACAGUGAAGGAUCUGGAGAAACGAGACAGUUUUUGCAAAACCAGUAACAAAAGCUUUUUUUUAAUUAAACUGUCAAAACAUUUCAUUCAUUUAGUUUUAUAUACAGUGCAGUGAGAUAACGUGAGGGCUUUGUGUGAAUUAAUGAACCUGGAGUGUGUGAGAGUGUGUGUGUGUUUAGGCCUCGACUGUUCCCUCCUUCACGAUGGCCAUCGCCAGGUUACGCACCAGAGCCAAUCGCAGCAGCUCCAGCUUUGUGGACUCGACAUCAUCAUCCUGAAAAACAGAAACACACAAAAUUGCAUAUACAGUAUACCAUGGAGCUUCUUCACUUCUGGAUUGUGAUUGGUCAGAAGGUGUGAUUAAUUUUCUAGAACAGCAGCUCUGACAGUAGUGCAGCUGCAAAUCACAGGAUUAUAUUAAUGCCUUCGUUCUAAUACAUUAUCGUUUCUAUAGUAACGGCUCAUUCACAGGAACGUGUACAGCAGACGCUCCACAUAAACAGAUGAAAUAAAUGUGUGUAAUUGUUGAUAUGGUGAAGUUUUCUGUAAGGAGAUGUUUAUUUAACAUUUAAGGAAGGAGUCUCCAGUGUCAGCGCUUUGUAACAGUCAGAGGUAAAGCUGUAACUCACUUUUACUUAGCUUGUAUUUUUACAAUAAACAGAUAAAGUAUCUAUAAUGGUUCUUUUUUAAUUAAUAAAAUUUCUAAACCUUGUUAAAUUGCUGUGGUGUAAGAGGAAUAAAACACUUAGCAACGUG